ACCACAGCUUGUGGUACCAGUACACGUCAGUUCUGUCAGUUUUAUAUAACAUUCGAUCUCCAUUUUUCUCUUUGUAAAUCCUAAAAGGAUAAUUGGAGAUGUCUGUUUCAACCCAAGAUAAGUUCCCGUCACGAGGAGGCAGUAAAUCAUCUAAAGCGUCCAGUGUCUCGAAUAGGAAACGCGCAAUGGAUUACAUGCUGGCAAGAACAGAAUUUGGAGAGUACGAGGAACUCCCAGCCGAAGCUGAAUUGUGGGACGCAGAAUGUUCAAUGCUCGAUAAAACGUACCCCAAACCAACCUUGUUAGACUACCAAACGCAGAAGUUGGAUCAAACUAAGCUAUUCGAUAAAGUCAUUACCCAGGACAAAUCGGGUAGCAUUUUAGACGUAGAGCCAAGCUGCUCCUUGUUGGUCACAGGAUUCGGGAUGAGGAACUUGGAGUCUCUGCAGGAAUGCUUGGAAAGAGAAGAAAAUAAAAGAUUGCAGAUUAUGUACAAGCAACAACAGGAGCAAACAGCAAGAGGUACUGUAUCACAGUUAACGGUUAGCUCAUCUGCAAGCAGUUCUUCCAGAGCAAGAACAAUCGAAACAGAGACCGAGCUUUCAGCUGUAAAAAGUGAUUUGUCUGGACAAAAAAUGCAACUGGAGUAUCUUAUGGGCUUGCAGGUACGUGGGGAGGAAUACCUCGGCAUGGAAGUAGGCAAACCAGAAGAGUCUGAAGCAGAAGAAGAAGAGAAGGACGAAUUCAUCUAUAGCACCUCAGUAUCGAUGAAGAGCGCUCAAAAGUACCUACGCGUACACAGGAUCUUCGACUUCUUCCAAUUCAUCAUAGCCCACUUGGUUCAAGCUGCUCCCGAUGAUCCGAUCACUUUUAUAUUGGAGCUGCUGAACAAGUGCUUGAUCUACAGGUCGGGAAGAGGCAAGCCCCCUUUGCUCUACCAAAGGAACCAUAUUGGAGAGCUUUUUAACCUUAUGGAUAGGAUGAAGGCGGGAGCUAUAGAGGUGCUACAAUAUCACAGGGGCAUGACCACUUUGGGGAUAUGUGAAUAUGAGAAAAGUCCACAACUCAACCAAGAAGGAAUGGUAGACAGAGAAAUUUUCAUAUACGAGGUGUACGAAGCCGAGCUAGACUUAUUCAACGAUUUAAUUAAGAAGAAAUGUAUUGGCAAGAAACCAAAGAAAAAUGUGGAAAAUAUUGCUUACACCGCUGAUUUGUGCAAAGAUAUCGAUGGCCCAUACUUCAUUCCUUCUGAUCUGCUGAAGGUAGGCAAACCUCAGGAUACUGCAUCGGAAGGCCAAGGAUAGAGUAACCGCUUCUUCUGACAUUAUAAAUAAGGGACUUUCGCAGAUCAAUCAAAAUAAAAUAUGUCUCAGUCGGUAGUAAAUAUUUACGGUAUCCACCUGUGGACUCUGACCAGCUGUUCCAAUAGAUCAG